AAGAAACUGAAACCCCAAAUUGUCACUACAGACAUGAAGAGAUCAAGGAACACUACAGGUCAGGGUAAAUGAGAAGCAUUCCAGAUCAACAGAAGAGAUUCUUGUGUCCUAUAGACCAAAGAAAGAAUCAGCAAGAAUGCCCAGGGUGAAUGAUGGAUUGCAGAGCCUGGCUGGGUGGGUGAUUAUACUCGAGAAUGCACUUAAUUACAAGCUUUAUGUGUCUAGCAUCCAUUCAGCCUAUGUCCUCUUCACUGCACCUAACAUCAUCUAUGGAAUUUCAUUUGCAGGUUUUGAACUCAACAAAAAUCCAGUGGAAGGCUUUUUAGCAGGUUUAAUAGACGACAAUGAUCUCUAUUGUUGGGAAGACCUUAUUAUUGGUCCUCCAGAUACACUUUAUGAAGGUGGUGUUUUUAAGGCUUAUCUCAUUUUCCCAAAAGAUUAUCCCCUCUGGCCUCCUAAAAUGAAAUUCAUUACAGAUAUUUGGCCCCCAAAUGGCAAGCUUCCUCUGAUUUGGAACAAAAUAAAAACAGGCUGGUCUUCCCUUGUACCUGACACAGGCAAAUUGAGCUGGCCCAGACAGCAGAGCUCUGUAAGGCAUGUUGAUAUUGAUUGCUUCUUUGUCUCAGGGGCUAUAAGAAAUAUAACAGAUCUCAAAGGAAAAACAGUGGCUCUGUCAGCAACCAUGGCACAGGAAGGUCACCUUUUCAUCGUGGUGCUAACAUCCAACUGGGGUGGCAGUAUUACCAAAAUAAAAUCCUGAAAGAAGAAGCAGAUCAUGCUGACCCAGAAAGUGGAGAUCUGAUUGCUGAGAUUAAAGGCUUGAGCCACCAUGAUUAUCUGUAAUAAAGUGAGGUGUUAGAGCCUGUGGCCUAGUGAAGUGAACAUCGGGGCUGGGCGAGUAUGGACUCAGAGAUGACCAACUCUGUGUGUGUGCUACACUCAGUUCUCUCCUUCCAGCCAGGGAUGAGUCUUAGGCUCACAGAUUUGUGAAUAUGAGCUUGCUUUGUUGCGUCCAACAUAACAUGUUUUCUGAUUAGUUUUUUCCUGCAUGCUUGCUUCCUUGGUGUGGUUUCGCUUUCUAUCUGUGCUGGAUUCCUAACCUGCACUGGGGAAUCAGAAGCAAGGUCAGAGUCAAAGUCUUUUUGAUAAAGAACCAGGAAUACAUACCAGCACAUCUGGGCUGACUGUCCUUCUUCCCAAGGGAUGGAUCAAUCUCAGAGAAGAUGGUCCUUCCUCUUGAUCUACAGGUAGUACCCUAAAUAUGGUGCAGCCCAUUUUCCUUCUUGCACUGUACACUUAAUAACAUUAAGUAAAUUAAAGAAUGAACUUUCCAGUUAUAUAUUUGUUCAAGCUAGUUAAAUUCAACCUCAAUACCUAUACCUGCCACACACACCUAACUACAUCUCCCAUGUAUGUGUGAGGGGGGUUGCCAUGUCUGUUGGUCUGCAAACUAUUUGAGAAAGCUUGGUGGCCACAGAGGCUAUGAGAAGGGUGUCAGUUGGCCUGGGAAUAGAAGAGCAGCCAGUGCUCUUAAAUUCUGAGCUAUGUCUUUCCAGUGGACAGUUUUCAGCAUGAAAUCAGUCAUAAUUUUAGUGUGAAUAUAUUACAACUCAUUGUCCUUUAAUAUAUGUAAGAAUAACUAGUUUUGAUGAUGGUUCACUUUUCUUAACCUUGAUAGUCAAACUAGGACAGACUUGCACACUACCUAACUAUUGGGGAGAUAAUUGAUGUGGAGAAAAGGAACUUGUCUAGUCAGUAAAGUGUUGCUGUUUUUUUGGGGGGGUUAAUAAUAGAAAUUGUAUUUUGUCUAUAUAUUUUAUUACAAGUUCUUGUUUUGAUUCUCAUUUUAUUUCAAGGGUACUCUCUAGAUCAGUAGAGCCUCCUUACAAGUCACCACAUGUAAAUUGGAUUUACAUCCCUAUCAUCUAGAGGAUAGCAAGCACAGAGAACAGCAAAGACAAAAAAGAAAGGACAAAGAAC